GGGCCUGGGGCUCAGCCCAGGGGCUUGGGUGGCAUCCUGGGCAGGGCAGAACAGGGGGCUGAGCUGUGGGUAGGGGAGAAUGCGACUCUCUAAAACCCUCGUCGACAUGGAUAUGGCUGACUACAGUGCCGCCCUGGACCCAGCCUACACCACCCUGGAGUUUGAAAAUGUGCAGGUGUUGACCAUGGGCAAUGACACAUCCCCGUCUGAAGGUGCCAACCUCAACUCAUCCAACAGCUUGGGUGUCAGUGCCCUGUGUGCCAUCUGUGGAGACCGGGCCACGGGCAAGCACUAUGGAGCCUCGAGCUGUGACGGCUGCAAGGGAUUCUUCAGGAGGAGCGUGAGGAAAAACCACAUGUACUCUUGCAGGUUUAGCCGGCAGUGUGUAGUGGACAAAGACAAGAGAAACCAGUGCCGCUAUUGCAGACUCAAGAAGUGCUUCCGGGCUGGCAUGAAGAAGGAAGCUGUCCAAAAUGAACGGGACCGGAUCAGCACGCGGAGGUCAAGCUACGAAGAUAGCAGCCUGCCGUCCAUCAAUGCGCUCCUGCAGGCGGAGGUCCUGUCUCAGCAGAUCACCUCUCCCGUCUCUGGGAUCAAUGGCGACAUUCGGGCCAAGAAGAUCGCCAACAUUACGGACGUGUGUGAGUCCAUGAAGGAGCAGCUGCUGGUGCUGGUAGAGUGGGCCAAGUACAUCCCAGCCUUCUGUGAGCUCCUUCUGGAUGACCAGGUGGCCCUGCUCAGAGCCCACGCCGGUGAGCACCUGCUGCUCGGAGCCACCAAGAGAUCCAUGGUGUUCAAGGACGUGCUGCUCCUAGGCAAUGACUACAUAGUCCCUCGGCACUGCCCAGAGCUAGCAGAGAUGAGCCGAGUGUCCAUUCGCAUCCUUGAUGAGCUGGUCCUGCCCUUCCAGGAGCUGCAGAUUGAUGACAAUGAGUAUGCCUGCCUUAAAGCCAUCAUCUUCUUCGACCCAGAUGCCAAGGGGCUGAGUGACCCGGGGAAGAUCAAGCGGCUGCGGUCUCAGGUACAGGUGAGCCUGGAGGACUACAUCAACGACCGCCAGUACGACUCCCGGGGCCGUUUUGGUGAACUUCUGUUGCUGUUGCCGACCCUGCAGAGCAUCACCUGGCAGAUGAUUGAACAGAUCCAGUUCAUCAAGCUCUUUGGCAUGGCCAAGAUCGACAACCUGCUACAGGAGAUGCUGCUUGGGGGAUCUGCCAGUGAUGCUCCCCAUGCCCACCAUCCCCUGCACCCUCACCUGAUGCAGGAACACAUGGGCACCAAUGUCAUAGUUGCCAACACGAUGCCCUCUCACCUCAGCAAUGGACAGAUGUGUGAGUGGCCCCGACCCAGGGGGCAGGCAGCCACUCCUGAGACUCCACAGCCAUCACCACCAAGUGGCUCAGGAUCUGAACCCUACAAGCUCCUGCCAGGAGCCAUUGCCACCAUCGUCAAGCCUCCCUCUGCCAUUCCCCAGCCAACAAUCACCAAACAGGAAGUCAUCUAGCAAGCCGCUGGGGGUCAGGGGUUCUGCUGGCUCACACCUUCAGGGAGUACCUGGGUGUCACUUGAGUCACAGCAAAGAAGAUGUGACAAGAGAGCCAGUCCCAGAGCAGCCAUGGAAAGGCUGAGUGUCACAGGCAUUGCCACCCCUGACCCCACACCUCAGAGGGCAGGGCUUUGCCUUGAGGAGACCCUGGCCGGGAAGUUUUCCAAUGCCUGGACUAUUUUUCCCAAGUUGAAGCCACUGUCUUCAUCUUCAUCCGUAUCUUCCCUCAGCUUCUUCACCCCUGAAGGAUGACUGCAGUUGCUGCAGGACCUUGUUUAAAUGCAACUCCCUUCUCCUCCCCCUGCUGGGGCCUCUUCCUUCCUGGUGCUGGUCAGGGGGUCUGGAUACAAAGCUUCUGAGGCUGAGGCAGCUUAUAGUGCAGUACCCCUCUCUCUUCUGCUGUGACAACCUCAGGUGACCCUCUAUCCCAUCAUCCUCCAUUGUUACCUUCCUGGCCAUUCUAACGUCUCCAAAGCCACCUCCUGGAGGCUGAGGAAGAUGUGGCAACCAUUUCCCCAUGCAUUCUGAGAACCUCCUGUAAGCACUGACCCUGGGUGAGGCAGAGGUAGGAGCCCCCCCCCACCCCCGAACCCCCUGCCAACACCACUGUGAUUCUUCCCUCCAGCACUAGGCUAGAACUUUGGAGUGAUAAGCCCUAUGACUUUCUACAGCAGAGAGUCAUUCAAGAGUGACAAUUGCAAUAGAAUGUGGAGAAAAGUUGGGAGCCAUGGAAAGACAUCUAGAAAAAGAGGCAGGCUCUGCCUCUGUCCUUUGACAGAGAAGGUGACCUUCUGUCUAGCUAGCACAGCAGGUGACACAGGCCAGUUUAUGGGAGGAGAGCCUGAGCAAAGGCCCAGAAGUAAGAAACAUAGCACGGGAAGGAGACAACGAAGAAAUCAGUUUCCAAGGAGUUGAGACAGGGCACAUAUUGGGGACCUUUGAACCUUGAAUGCUAGACUGAAGUCAGGAGUAGCUGCAGGGUGGGGCUGACAGAAGAUGAAUACUGCAUCCUGCAGAGGUAGGACUGCUGAGAGGGAGCAAGGAGGCCAGACUAGGAGUGAGACAAAGGGAUGGCUCAGAGUUCUCCCCAGGGCCUGUCAAGCUCUUCCAUACUCUCAGAUGAUGCAGUGGGCAUUUGACAACCAACAUCUCAUAGAAUCUUCGGAAGAUGAAAGGAGAGCAUCUUAACUGCCUCUUAGGAAGCUCUCAUCUCCCCUGUGAUGGAAUUUGGAGAUUUCCUCAUCCUUUACUGGUGUCAACCCUAGAGGCUUGCUCUAUCCAGAACUGGCCAGGUAGAGGGUGUUCUAAAGUCUGUUGGAUGUCAAGAAUCCUGUUUGUUGAGAAGUAGUGAAGCAGAUUCAUGACUCCUGUCCUUUUUCCUCUCCCUGAGAGUGAGUGAGGAACAGCAAGGGUGUGGUCCCUGGAAGAAGACCCCAUCUAGUCUGGCCAUCUAGGGCUGAGAUGGUCUGGGUGAGGGGCAGGAGAGGGAUAAGGAAGCCUGUGUCAGGCUUGCUUGAGGAGCUACAUUCAAGGCACAUUCUGGAACUGCUAAUCCUCAUCAGUCAGCGUUUAGCCUCUGCCCGACUCGUGAUGGCUUUGAGUGGCCCCUACAAAGUGCCACUGGCCAAUGGGAAUAAGAGGAAUGUUUCCACGAAUGGGAGGAAUAAACUAUGAGACUGAUUACCACAGUCCAUCAAGGCUGACCCUUCUCAGUGGGCGGAUCUAGCACCCCGGUGUCCAGAAAUGCCAGCUUUAGUGGUAGGUCCUCUGUAAGAGGGUAUGGAGGAAUCCUGAGGCUAGCUACUUAAAGCAAAAGUACCUGCAGUCCUGGAUGGUCAGGAUGGGUUGUCCUUAACCCCUCAAGCCAAGCCUGCAUCUCGGGACAGACUUCUCCAUUCUCAGAGACCUCGAGCCUUCCUUGACCACCCCCACUCCAGUGCUCCCAGGGACUCCAGGCAGAUUGCUCAAACUGCUCUGCACGGGACUGGUCUCCUUCUGGACAUUGUCUUACCCAUUCUUAGUCCCUCCAUCCCCAGUGAUGGUUAUGAGAGCAGUAAGUAAUGUUGGCCUUCCGUGGUAGCAGUCUCCUGGGGCAGGGGUCAGCCAUUGCCCCAAUCCAUCCCUUUUGAAGGAGAAAUCCAUUCUGCAUUAGUAACUAUUACAAUAUGGGAAAUGUGAAAUAAAGAAAAGUUUACUAUUCUGACUAUAAGCUGAGGACACUAUGUUGGAGGUUUUUCUUCUGAGUUUUGAUCCUGAUACAUAAUAUGAUGGACUAAGUAAAAGCUUCAGGCAGACAAGGGUGGGUGCUACAGUUCCCCCCUCUCCCCACAGACCACCCUCCUUUCUUCAGGGAACUCUCAGAAACUUUCAGGAUUCAGGAUGCUUUCCUGAGAGUGGAUGCAAGAGAAGGGAGGCUCAGAAGUGGAUGUCCUCUAUUUCUUGUGAUAUCCCCCCCCCAUUUGCCUUUGCUAGAACCCUUUGUUACCUGCCCUGGUAAAUAGGAAUCAUGAACUUCACACCAAGCAUUUGUAAAGUAGACGCACCCCAUCAGACUAGUCUGUAGGUGUGCAAACAUCACCAGGUCCCAUGCUGAUCCCCAAAUCCCAUCAUUACUGUCCAAGGGGUCAAAAAAAAAACCCUCAAUAACAGAUCCUACUCCUGUGUUUUAGCAUAAGUUUAUCCAACAAAAUAAAUGGCACAUAUGUUUUCUAA